AUGGAUUUCUCUAGAAUUUUUAACAAUGAAUCUACAAAUCUUGGAACUCAGAAGGACGCUAUCGAAGUGAUUAAGGGUAUGGCGAGUGCGCUAACCCUUAUUCACAACCAAAAUCGAACUCUUAUAUCUCAGAACAAAACAUUGAGCGAAAAAGUGGUGUCGUUGGAAUUACUGGUGGGAAGUAUUGUCGAGAAAAUGUCGGCUCCAUCCACUUUGAGCAAGAUGAAUGAUGCUCUGCCUAUGGUGCAACCCAACAAUCCAAAAUCAUACUCUAAUGCUGCCUCGAAAAACCUUCCGAAAAAAAUGACUUCAAAAUCUGGUCCUACCAAAUCGCGAGAAGCAAAACUGUCGGAUAACUCCCAAAACAGGACCUCAAAUCUUAAAGAUCCAAACUAA